CCCUCCUCCUUCCCCUUAUUCGUACCCAUUCACACGCCUGCCUUCUCUCUCUCUCUCUCUCUACUUUCGGCCAUGGACAAAUCUCAAAUUCAAACUCUCAAACCAACAACUACGUCUCGCCAAAAAACCCUAAUCCUCAACGCAUUGCACAAAUCCUCUCACCUUCGCCGUCGGAGCCGGAGAAGAGUACCGACCACCCGCAUUGCCGAGAAGAUUCACCGAAACGACGCUGUUUACGCCUCCGAAGAAGCCGAUGAGAAGGAAGCCGUCGAACGCAAGAUUCGUGCCUUGCAGAGCAUCGUUCCGGGAGGGGAAUCGCUUGGAGUCGACAAGCUGUUUGAACAGACGGCGGAGUAUAUAAUGAAUUUGCAGCAUCAAGUGAAGGCCAUGAGAGCACUCUCGAGCUUUUUCGAGAGCUUGGAGAAGGAGAAAUCCGAGUGCGGAGGUUGAAGAAGAUGAGUUACUUCUGAUUUUGAUUUUUUUUUUUUUUCAUUCGGUUUAUUAUUUUUUUUUUCUCUUUUUCAUGUGAGAAAAGAUCGAUCGAGCGUUUGAAUUCUCAGUCGCCCCAUCUUUUUCUCUGUUAGUUGGGAGCAGGAUUUCGAAUCCUUUUUCCUGUUUAUGAUCAUCACCAUCAUCUUCUUCAUCUUCUUCAUCUUCUAUACUACUUGCUGGUAAAUCUGUGUAGCUUUUUAAUGGAUAGCAAAUCAAAAUCGACAUGGAUAGUAAUAACAGAUUGGGGUGAGAGUUCAACAA